AUGACAAUGACCGCUACCUCUCAGUUUCGUCGACUGGAUGAUCAAAUAUUUAACACAUUAAACACAACUGUUUUAACAACCACAUUUCAUUCAAAGGGAUCAAAUCCAACUCAAACAUGUCGCGACCUAUUUGAUGAAAUAACAACUCGUUCUACGUAUCGUCACGAUCUUAUAGAAGCGUGUCUCAAUCAUACAAAUGAUUUAAUGAAUCAAAAGGAUUUAAGUGAAGUCAAACGUAAGCAUCUUGUAUAUCAACGUCGACAAAUUCAAAGUGAAAAGAACAUCGAAAAAGUUAUUAGUGACAAUACAGAAAAGGCAUUUUAUGAACGUUGUCGUGACUAUUUUUCACCUCAGUCAUCAUCAAAAUGA